AUGCAUAAAUGGUUUGUGACCAUCUUAUGUGCUUCCGGCAUUGUCGACCAAAUUAUAAAAGACUUCGGCAUAUCAAUGGAGGUUGCGACUCUAAUGAUAUCCCUGUUUGUCGCUGGAUAUUGUGUAGGGCCUAUCUUCUGGGGACCUUUAUCCGAAGAGUUCGGACGACGACCCGUCUUCAUUGGCUUCCAGAUCGGGAUGGCAAAGUUGGCUGACAAUACCGCCUCGCUGCUCAUUUUCCGCUUCAUUGGAGGAGCCUUCGCUGCCUGUCCUUUGACGAAUUCCGGGGCCGUCAUUUCCGAUAUAUGGGAUACCAGAACCCGGGGAAAGGCCAUUGCGAUAUUUGCCGUAGCUCCGUUUUCCAGGGCCUGCCCUAGGACCUACAGUUGCAGGAUUUAUAUCUGCGUCUCCUGGUGUUGGCUUUUCUGUGUCUUAACCAUCUUCGCUGGAGUUUGUUGGGUACUAAUCAUCGUGGCAAUUCCGGAGACGUACCGGACGUUGGCCCAGCAAGUUACGCACGUUCUCACUAGGAAGCCCAUGCUCAUGGCUAGCACACUAUAUCUGAGCUUUGUCUAUGGAUGCGUUUACAUUCUCUUUGAAGCAUAUCCCAUUGUCUUCACUGAGGGUCACGGUUUUAACGCAGGUAUUUCUGGCUUGAUGUUCUUACCCGUGAUGUUGGGUAGUAUUACAGCUGUCAUCGGGUACCUCAUAAUCUGGCAUCCUCGUUACGAGAAAGAAAUGGCUCGAUGUGCUCCAGAUCCCGUUGCACCAGAGUAUCGUUUGCAUAUGACCAUGUACGCCUCCCCGCUGUUUGCUGUGUCGUUACUGACUGACGUUAUUUUUCAGUUUCCAUCGGUAUCAUACUGGGCACCAUUAAUGGCCGGAUAUGCUAUGGGCUUUGCUAUCAGUUGGAUAUUCUUGAGCUUUCUCAACUAUAUCAUUGACACGUACUUGAUGGUUGCCGCUUCAGCCCUUGCGGCAAACACUGUUUGCCGUAGUCUCUUUGGUGCCGCUUUCCCUCUGUUUGCCACCCUCGGCGCCCAUUUGGCAUCGUCGCUUCUAGGAUUCAUCGCACUGGCUAUGGUGCCUCUGCCUCUGCUAUUUAUAAAAUAUGGUCACAUUCUUCGAAUGAAGUCCAAAUAUGCACCAACGAGAAGACUAUCAGUAGCACUUUCGAAAGAGUCGGAUAAGACUGUUGCUUGA